UGCACCUUGUAGUGUGGAGGGACUAAAUCAUAUCUAGACAUUUGUCUUUUGGAAGAGUUUGAAAAGAGUUGUGUCUGCUACAGAGAGGUUUGUGCGAUGCAGUACUGCAGUACACGGGGCGGGGUCCGAGGAUGGGACUUCAGAGACGUGCUGUUUUCGGGUUUCGCUCCAGACGGGGGGAUGUUCAUGCCGGAGAGCUUGCCUGUGCUGAGCCCUGACACCCUGAGGAGCUGGAGGGGGCUGUCCUACACCAAACUGGUGGUGGAGGUCGCCUCCAUGUUCAUCCCCUCUCAGCUGAUCCCCAGACAAGACCUGGAGGCCCUGGUGAGUGCAGCCCUGUCUGGAUUCUCAGUGCCUGAGGUGGUCACAGUGGCCCGGCUGAAGGAUGGUCUGUCAGUCCUGGAGCUCUUCCAUGGAGAGACCCUGGCCUUUAAGGACCUGGCUAUGACCUGCACUGUGCGCUUCCUUGACUAUUUCCUGCAGAAGGAGAAGCGCAAGGCCACUGUCCUUGUAGGUACAUCAGGAGACACCGGCGGCUCAGCCAUCCAGAGCGCUAAAGGUCUGUCUGGGUUAGAUGUGGUGGUGGUCUACCCCCGAGGACGCAUCACUCCAGUCCAAGAGAAACACAUGAUCACCUGCCUGCAAGAUAACGUCUACGUGUUCGCAGCGGACGGCAGCUCAGACGACAUCGAUCAGCCUCUGCGCCACCUGUUUGCAGACCAGGACCUGGUUCAGUCUGCAGGCCUCAUGAGCCUCAACUCAGUCAACUGGUCUAGAGUCAUGAUCCAGCUGGCUCACUUCAUCUAUGCUUACCUGCAGCUCAGCGGUGUGGAGCAGGCCCCGGACAACGCCCCCUUGCCUGAGUUGGAGGUGGUGGUGCCCACUGGGGGGGCGGGGAACAUCGCAGCUGGCUACGUUGUAAAGCAGAUGGGGUUACCCCUGAAGCUGGUGGCCAUGGUGAAUGCUAAUGACAUCGUGCAUCGAACCGUCACCACUGGAGACUUUUCCAUGGCAGCUGAUGUCACACAAACACUGGCCCCUGCUAUAGACAUCCAGGACCCGUACAACAUGGAGCGAGUGUUCUGGCUGCUGCUGGGAAAAGACAGCACUGCAGUGAAGAACAUGAUGGAGGAGUUUCAGAAUUCACAUAAACAUUCUCUGCCUGAAAAUCACCACAAACUGUUGUCCCACGUUUUGUCUACUGGAACAGUGAAUGAUGAAGGCAUCCUGGACACCAUGAAGAGAUGCUGGGAGGAAAACCAGUAUGUGCUGUGUCCUCACACAGCUGUGGCUGUAUGGCAUCACUACAACUGUCCUCACAGCCCUGGACUCAACAGGUGUUACAUUGCCACAGCAUCUCCAGCCAAGUUUCAGGCAGCAGUGCAGAGGGCUGGAUUGACCUUUGACCUACCGGAGGCAGUGCAGGCGUUGGAUAAGUUGGCAACACGUUAUGAGAACCUGGAACGGAGCCCGAACUGGUGCAAAGACUGGGAGGAUAGACUGAGAGAGAAAAUCCAGUGUGUGAGCUCAGCCAGGAGAAAAACAGAGUGAUUUACAGAUGAGUGUUUGUAUCAAACUGGAAUAUAGAGUUUGACUUCAGGAACCCUGAUAGGACAUUAAACAUACUCUACACAUGGCUGAGGUCAGGUGAUUGGCAGAUUAUCCUUGAUCUAUGCACUUCCUUAUCUAGCUUAAGUAAAUCAUGUUGAUGGGAAAGGCCGUUUGUCUUUGAUGGACUUCGGUCUGAACUGUCAGAAACUUAACUUUGUGUUUUUACUGUUAUAUCAUUCACCACAAACCAAUCAGCUGUUCACAAUGUUCAAUCUUUGUCCACAACUUUAACAUGAAUGCAACAAAAAUGUAUGUUAAAGAAUAAAAACAAGCCAUAUCUAUGUGUUAAUUUGUCUCAAAAAUAAUAAAAAGACCAAUUUUUAAAAAAUGUAAUGGUCUCAACACAAACUACUAUGUCUAUGCAAGUCCACACAGAUAAAAGGCCUGCUGAUUUAAAGGACAACUGCAGUUUCAUUUUCAUACAUUUUCACACAGAAGGAGGACUGUGGAUUUAGUCCUCCAUCACUUACAUUGU